CUGCAAGAAUAAUUUGGCAAAAAAUCAGAUUUUGUUAGGUGAUCAACACUAGUCUAUUUGUAUAAGAAUGCGCUCCAGGAUGUACUUGUGAUUAAACUGAUUUCUCCAACAGGAUGAUUAUGUUAAUUUUCCUUUUGGAAUAAGAUCAAUUGAAAAUUUCCCCCUUUUUUCGCUCCAAGAUUGAAGAAGAGAAUAUCUUCCCCGUUAGUUUCAAAGCCCAUAAAGGAAUGAACGAUUGGCGUCCCUUUAUUUAUGGAGGAAUUGCAUCUGUUGCUGCUGAAAGUGGAACAUUUCCCAUUGAUACAACAAAAACUCGUCUCCAAGUGCAAGGACAAACCAUCGAUGCCCGUCUUAAGGAGAUUAAGUAUCGGGGCAUGAUCCAUGCUCUGAAACGAAUAUAUGCAGAGGAAGGAAUUCGGGCAUUAUAUUCAGGCUUAGUACCUGCUCUCCUUAGACAGUCAGCUUAUGGAACUAUAAAGAUUGGUGUUUACUAUUCAUUGAAAGGCAUUAUCGUUCCAAAUCCAGAUGAUGAGACUUUACCAAUCAAUGUGUUUUGCGGGGUGGUUGCCGGAGUCGUGGGAAGUGUUAUAUCCAACCCAACAGAUGUGCUCAAGGUGCGCAUGCAGGCUCAGAAAGAGAACGGAGGAAGAGAAACCUUCACUCAGGCUUUUGUUAAGAUUUACAAACAGGAAGGAGUGCCAGGCCUGUGGAGGGGUGUCAGUCCCACUGCACAGAGGGCGGCCACCGUAGCCGGGGUGAUCCUGCCAGCCUACGACAUCUGCAAGUUCCAGCUCCGACACAACCUGCAUCUCGAGGACAGCAUGUCCACUCAUUUCAUGGCAAGUUUCGCUGCAGGUCUUGUAGGAGCUGUGUUUUCCACACCCAUCGACGUUGUCAAGACAAGAAUGAUGAACCAGAAAAAAUACAAGCCAUCUCUUCUGAAAUCCGGCGGUGUCGAGGCUGCACCCAUCUACAAAUCUUCCGUAGACUGUCUAAUCCAGACUGUCAAAUCAGAGGGACCACGUGCAUUAUACAAAGGGUUUUGCCCAACCUGGGUUCGACUGGGCCCAUGGAAUAUCAUUUUUUUCAUGAUGUAUGAGCAGCUCAAGAAGGUGUACUGAUUGCUCAGUCAAGCAACUGUGAUACUCAUCCUCAUGCCAAGCUGUCCUCGGCCCCAGGCUUCAAUCAAAACUUGAUUGUUUGUUGCUUUAGCUAGCUGUCCCAUUGGCUCCCAUUUAUAGCUCACCAGGAAGCGAGGGAGGAAAUUCCAAAUCCAGACGAUAGCAGUAACUCUAGAGCAAGGCCUGACCCAGUCAAAGCAAAAGAUCCCAACGAAGCUGGACUUCAACAUCUAAGGAAAAUACAUGUACUUUGAUCAAGUUCCUUGUUUUCUGACAUUUUCUAGUGAUGCAAGCUCAAAACGCCCCAAUUUUGCAUAAUAUCAAGAAAUAUUAUUCAAUUUGUCUGCAUGCCAAAAAUUUAUUUCGGAUCCAUAAUUGAUUUUUUAUUUGGUCAUAUGAAUGUUAAUUAUACUUGCCCAAGAGACUUGGUAUCAUGUAAAAAUUUGUACAUAUAAAGUUAUACUAGAUUAUUGCUUUUGUUUGCAAAAAAUUUACAUUACCAAUUACCAAGACCCCUUGAUGUGCUUUUUUUGCAUGCUGUACAGGAUAUUGUUUUUACCAAAGUCUCAUGAUUUUGUCUUAUAAUUUAUAUAUUUAUUUUUUUACCUUUGUAAUAAAUGCUAUGCAGGGUAGUUGUUAAUCCUACGCGUUCGUAUGUGGAUUAUUUUUUUUUUAUUGAGCAUUCAAACAAGUGCUCAACAAAAGUAUCUGAAAAUUGUCAACAAGGUACAAGACUUAUUUUAAUAAAGGCGUUUGUCAGAAAA